CUUCUUCUUGUUUCUUCUGAUCACCAUAGUUGCAGAGCGCGAGAAUGGAGCAGCAGAAUGAGAAAGAAGCGAUUAGGGAAGCAUCAGUGGAGGUCUCCAAUGAAUUCAAAACCCUAAUUGAUGCCCACGAUUUGGAUUCCCUCAAACAACUGCAGCAUCUCAUAUUGGGGAGGUUGCAAGAUGGCAAUGCGGUUCUGUCACACUAUAAUGAAGUUUCAGAGAACUGCUUUGCUGAGGUUUCUGGAGAUUUCUCUAGAAACACACGCCUUUUACGGUCUAUGAAGUCGGAUCUUGAAUACAUAUUUCAGAAGUUAAGGAGCAUGAAGUCAAGAAUUUUGGCUACCUAUCCAGACGCAUUUCCAGAUGACUCUAAACAAGAAGUGCAUGACCAAAGACCAGACCUUGAAAUGCCUCUGUGAUGUUAGAAAGCAUAUUCAAGUUUUCUUCUGAACGCCCAGCGCAGAGCAUUAUAAAGCAUAGUCAAGUUCUGUAACAUUAGAAAGCAUAUUCAAGUUAUGUAAACGAUUACUUUUCGUUUUGGUUGGUGCGGAUCUGUGUGAAUAAUUUGAUCUUCCCCAGAUGAUUUUUCAAUAUCUGUAGGUGAUUUGACCGAAAUGAGAAGUAAUCCAAUUUGCAAGUAUUGUUUUUU